GUCCGCGAGGAGCCUCGCGCCAGCCGAGUUAGUUCUGCCCCAGCGACGCGUGCAACUACUGUCGGGCACUCGCCACAGAUUCACCCAUCUAAGCGAUGAAAGCGAAUAUGCCGGCGCUCGCCUUUAGAGACGGAACUGCUACCCCAAAUGGACGACCAGCAUCGCCCUUCACCUAGGAAGGCGGAUACGGUGACCUCCUCGCCCCAGCCCGGUGACGCCGACGACGCCCAGGCCUCCCAGCAUGCCACCUUAAAACAUUCCCUGCUUGGUGCAUCAUUGACAAAGGCUGGCCAGGACUCUGUCGACCAGCAAAAGGUCUCCGAUAUAAUUUACGAUAUCUCCAAGGGUUCGAAGUAUUUCAACCGCGAAGAAGAAAGAGACAAGAAUCUUACCGUAAAGAUCGACCGGAUCCUCAACAAGAAGCGCCAGCUGGAGAAGCUCGACUCGUCCAGAGAGCUACGCAAAGCCGACGCCCUCAUUGCUGAGUUGGAGCUUUCCCGCGACCUUACUCAGAUUGUGGUGCACGUUGAUUGUGACGCCUUUUUUGCUGCAGUGGAACAGCUCGACCGACCCGAACUGAAAGACGUGCCAUUCGCCGUCGGUGGUGGCGUUCUCACGACCUGCAACUACGUGGCAAGGCAAUUCGGAUGUCGCUCGGGGAUGGCCGGUUUUGUAGCAAGGAGGCUGUGCCCUGAUCUAAUCUGCCUCUCACCCAACUUCGACAAGUAUAGCGCCAAGGCGGACGAGGUGCGUGAGGUCAUCGCCGAAUACGACCCGCGUUUCGAGAGCGCGAGUAUCGAUGAGGCAUACCUGAACAUCACAGAAUACUGCCGGGACCAUAACGUGUCCCCCGAGGAUGCCGUGGAUCAGUUGCGCCGGCAGGUGCAAUUGAGGACGAGCAUAACGGUUUCUGCUGGGAUCGCUGCCAACGCGAAACUUGCCAAGAUCUGUUCCAACAUCAACAAACCCAAUGGGCAGUUCAUCCUUCCUAAUGAUCGUGUCGCCAUCAUGGCAUUUAUGCGCGACUUGCCCUGCCGCAAGGUCAACGGGAUCGGCAGAGUAUGGGAGCGAGAGCUUGAGGCUAUCGGGGUACGGACAUGUGGCGAUAUAUAUGGCCAGAGACAAUUCCUUAACCCGCUUUUCGGAGAAAAAGCUUGCGAAUUCCUCGUAAACUGCCACUUGGGGCUCGGCCGCACAGAUAUCCAACCUGCGGAGGAGUACGAGCGAAAAUCCGUCGGGACAGAAAGCUCGUUUCACGACAUGUCUGAUCCGAAGCAGCUCAGGGAAAAGCUUCUUUGGACCGCACAGGAGCUGGAGAAGGAUAUGCGAAGGGCGAGAUGUAAGGGAAGGACCUUGGUUUUGAAAAUCAAACUGCACACAUAUGAGGUCUUUACCAGGCAAACUGUGCUCCCGAGGGCUAUAAAUCUCUCCGAGGACCUGUUCGGUUUUGCUGUCCCUAUACUUGCUAAGCUGGAGCAGGAUAUGCCAGGGAUGAAGAUCAGGCUUAUGGGCCUGCGCUGUACGCACCUGGUCAGCACCAAGAAACCAGACACAACGGCAUUCUUUGGGCUUAAGCCUAGGAGUGGAGAAGCAUGCAACGAGCCUGGCAAGGUCUUGCGCACAAUCACUCGGGUGAAUGAUUACCAUACAAGGGGUGUGGUGCCGAAUAAGUCACCUGCACAGGACUGUGACGAUGCGAUUACCGCGGAGGGCGACACGAGGGGUUCUUAUCGAAGGCAUGGGGGGGAAAUCCUGCCCAAUCCGACCCCGGCCAACAACGUCUCUCCAGGAUCGGGCGAGUGGUGGGAAUGUCCAGUUUGCAAUCGACCACAGCCGACUGAUGAGAGACGAUUCAAUUCGCACAUUGACUCCUGCCUCUCGAGGCAGACAAUUCGUGACGCUGUUCAACAGGAGCAACAGGCACGUUCGAGCCGGAGUCUGACACCGGAGUCCAAGAGGCCAAGAACUGACUCGGAAAGAAAAAGGGGCCGGCAAGGCUCCGGUCAAGAUCCCAAGCAGAAGAAGCUGUGUUUCGGGUAAGGGUGCCGCUGGCGAGGGACGCUUUUCGACGGCCCGGAACUCCUACAUUAAUGUAUCAUGCCGACACUGCUGCUAGGCUUCUAUACUGGUAGUUAUGCCGUGGUCACAUUGAUGGCAAACAUCAAGAAAGAUUAAGAAGCGCCUUCCUAUCUCCCAACAACUGAGUGAUCACAUCCCCGUCACAGUGCCCCAAAUAGUAUAGACUGGUCUAAUAUAGUUUAAGCAGUUUUACUUCUCAUUAAUUUAUGUAU